AUGGAGAGAUGCAAACCUGUAUUGACCCCAUUGAUUCACAAUAAAAAGAUUUCAAAGUUUGAAGAAGGUGAUAGGGCUGAUCCUGCAGUUUAUAGAAGUUUAAUAGGUAGUUUGCUGUAUUUGACAGCAACAAGAUAUGAUCUCAUGUUCGCCACAAGUCUUCUGUCUAGAUUUAUGCAUGCUCCAAGUCAAGUUCAUCUUGGUGUCGCUAAGCAAACAUUGAGGUAUAUCAAGGGAACUGUUGAUUAUGGUAUUUGGUUUAAAAAGGAAGAGCAAGGGAAAUCGAUGGGUUAUUCAAAUAGUGAUUGGGUAGGAAGCGUUCAUGAUAUGAAAAGCACUUCUGGAUAUGCUUUUACACUUGGUUCAUGCAUGUUCUCAUUGAAUUCAAAGAAGCUAGAGGUGGUAGCUCAAUCUUCUGCAGAAGUUAAAUACAUCGCUGCUGCUGGUACAACAAAUCAGGCUCUAUGGUUAAGAAAGAUUCUAUGUGAUCUGGAGCAAAAUGACAUUGAAGCUACUAUCAUUAAGGUUGACAACAAGUUAACAAUAUCUAUGGCCAAAAGUCUUGUGCAACAUGGUCGUAGCAAGCAUAUAAAUGUGAAGUUUCACGCUAUCAUGCAAGCAGAGAAGGAUGGCGAAGUUAAACUUGUUCAUUGCAACUCAGAUUAA